AUGGCUACGUCGUCGACGCUGGGCCAGACGCAGCGGUAUGCGGCGGGGGCGCUCCUGGCGCUCGCGCUCCGCCAGGCGCAGACGCGCCAGACCGUCCUCCUUGGCUCGCACGGCCUCGACGACGAGCCCCACCCCGACGCGGCCACCGCCGUCGAACCCGACGCCCGCGACCUCUGGACACACGAGUCCCGCGGCCUCCUCCGCCCCGUCCUCAGGUUUCUUGAGAUCGACCCCAAGGCCUGGGUCGGGGUGGAGAAGACGGCCGCGUCCUCUGAUCCCAAGCACCACAUUGGCGCCUUCCUUCGUAAAGUGUUCGAGGACGAAGACGACGACGAGAAGGCCCGGUCAGAGCGAUCCGAUCAGGAGCUGGCGCUCGCCAAGGCCGUGGACGCGAAGGCCAUGGGCCUGGAGAGCGGCGGCGUCGGAUCGGCGGCCGAGGCGCUCAAACCAGAGAGCCACGUCUCCGACGACGAUGACGACCAUGCGUUGGCGGCGUCGACGCGCACCAAGGACUACCGGAAGAUGGCGGUGCUGUACAUGCUCCUCUCCGCGUGCGUCGCGGACGUGAACAUGGCCGAGGAGGGCAUGGGGUCCCCGCGCGUCACCAAGGGCUACGACACCCGCCACCGCGUCGUGCUCCGGCUGCUCGCCACCUGGCUCGACGUCACCUGGAACAAGAUGUCGAGUAUCGAGUGCGGCUUUGUGAUUGGGUAUCUUGGCAUUGUAGGAAGCUGUCGAGAUAAUGAUUGCUUGCUCUGCUAUGGCUGCAGCAAAGGAGGAGGAACACAGUCACGUGAGAAUUCGUCACCGAAUAGCAGAUGGGAGAACUGGAAGCGUGGCGGGAUCAUCGGCGCAGCCGCGCUGACAGGAGGAACAUUGAUGGCUAUAUCUGGGGGCUUGGCAGCCCCGGCAAUUGCUGCAGGGUUCACUGCUCUAGUUCCGACAUUGCAUACACUUGUGCCUAUUAUAGGUGCUAGUGGUUUUGCUGCCAUAGCUACUGCUGCUGGACACACUGCUGGCUCUGUAGCAGUUGCAGCAUCGUUUGGAGCUGCUGGAGCUGGGUUGACUGGGACCAAAAUGGCCACAAGAAUCGGAAAUGUGAAAGAAUUUGAGUUCAAGACCAUUGGCCAAAACCAUAGCCAGGGUCGCCUAGCAGUUGGCAUCUUUGUUUCUGGAUUUGCUUUUUCCGAGGACGAUUAUUCAAAGCCUUGGGAAGGAUGGAAAACUAACUUAGAGAGGUACGUUCUGCAGUGGGAGUCUAAGCAUGUAAUUGACGUCAGCACAGCAAUACAGGAUUGGCUAGCCUCAAGAUUAGCAAUUGAGUUGAUGAGGGAAGGUGCAAUGCAGACUGUGUUAAAUUGUAUUAUUUCAGCAUUUGCCUGGCCUGCUACCUUGGUAUCUGCUGCAGACUUUAUCGACAGCAAAUGGUCUGUUGCUAUUGACAGGUCAGAUAAAGCUGGGAAAAUGCUUGCUGACGUUCUGCCUACAAUGUACUUUCUUCAGCCUGUCACUCUGGUCGGGUUUUCGCUAGGAGCUCGUGUUGUUUUCAAGUGCCUGCAGGAGUUAGCGCAAUUGGGAAAUAACGUGGGAAUCGUUGAGAGAGCCGUGCUCAUAGGUGCUCCGGUUUCAGUUCAAGGUGAGAUGUGGGAGCCUGCCAGGAAGAUGGUCGCCGGAAGAUUCGUGAACGUGUACUCCACGAACGACUGGAUUCUCGGCGUCACUUUCCGCGCUAGGUCAACUUCGGGCGGAUCAAAAUGGAUCCCCACCUGCAUUCCAUUCCACAGAUACCCUGGAGGACCCAGUUGGUGGAAGGUCUUGCACAGUUUACAAUAG